AUGCUGGGCUCUACAUCUCCUCAACAUAUUGACCAACUCUUGGAGGGUCGUGAAAGUACAAUGUCACGUACAUACACUGCAAUCGAGGAGCAGCCGACAAGAACGCUUCUGCCAACGCACGAUGCUGAAAUCUACACAAUUGAUGAGCUGAUCAAGCGACGUGCAUCGGAAUUACGAGACUCGCCGCUCAUUGGAUACCCCAAGGAAGGUGUGACAGAUUACGAGGAACACUCGGCUUUCGCGGUGAACAAAUAUGCCGAUGCAGCUGCAGAAGCGUUGCAACGGAGGGGUCUCAAGAAAGUAGACGCCACUCUUGACAAGGCCCCUGUUGUUGGCGUUCUCGCCCACUCAGGGCUCCCUUUUAUCAUCACGCUAUUGGGUCUGAGCAGACUUGGCUAUGCCAGCCUUUUGCUGUCUACCCGGCUGGCAGGCCCAGCUUUGACUCGCCUGCUUGACUUGGCUGAAUGCAACACUCUUUUGACGACCUCACACUUCCAUACAGUACUGGAAGAGGUCAAGAACGAACGCGGUACCACUGUACUCGAGCUGCUGAAGCACGAAGAGUAUUAUGGCGUCGAAGCACCUGCCUUUCAUCGUACCUACGACCCACACAAAGAGGCCGCGAAGAACAUUGUCAUUAUUCAUUCCUCGGGCUCUACCGGGCUUCCCAAGCCAAUCUAUCUCACCAACCGCAGUUGCAUUGCAGCUUUUUCAACGAACCUAGACAGAAAAGCGUUGAUGACGCAACCUCUGUUCCACAGUUUUGGCUUCUACGAGACUUUCCGAUCGAUAUAUUCAGGAAAGCCAAUGUACUACUUCAACUACGCCUUCCCCUUAACCAAGCAGAACAUCACAGCGACACUCGAAGCUGUCAAACCAGACCUGCUCUUCUGCGUACCGUACGUCCUCAAGCUGUUGGGCGAAUCUGAAGAGGGAAUUAAGUCUCUCGCAAAGAUUGACAUUGUCAUGUACGGUGGCAGCGCAUGCCCUGAUGACCUUGGAGACAUGCUGGUCAAGAAUGGUGUAAAUCUGGUCGCGAACUAUGGCGCCACGGAGACGGGAAGAAUCUCGACCUCUGUUCGUCCAGCCGGAGAUCAUGCUUGGAACUACCUUCGGAUCCUACCGGGAGUGAAGGAUUACGUUUUGAUGGAUGAAAUUGCUCCGGGCAUUUUUGAAUGCGUCGCACUUGACGGUUUGAAAUCUAAGAACACGAUCAACUCGGAUAACCCGCCUCGGUCUUUUCGCACAAGAGAUCUUUUCAUGCGCCACCCCACAAAUUCCGAUUUUUGGAGGUUCGUGUCUAGACUCGACGACAGGCUCACCCUUGUCAACGGCGAGAAGGUCCUGCCAAUCCCCAUCGAAGGUCGGAUACGCCAAGAAGGUCUCGUCAAAGAAGCCGUUGUGUUCGGUGAUGGCAAAAGUCUCCCGGGUGUUUUGAUCGUCAAGGCUGACACAGCUUCGCAUCUGUCGGACCCAGACUUCCUCGAACAGGUCUGGCCUGCCGUUGAGGACGCGAACUCUCGGGCUGAGAGCUUCUCGAGAAUACCAAAGGAGCUCAUCGUCGUACUACCCUCCGACAUCGAGUACCCGAAGACCGACAAAGGCACCUUUAUCCGCGCACAGGUAUAUGCGCAGUUCAAGGACCGGAUUGAGCUGUCCUAUACAAAUUUUGAGAGUGGGGAUGAUCAGGCUGGCACAGUGGCACUGCCGCUACCAGAACUGGAGGCCUAUCUGUUACAAAGGUUCCAGGAGCAUCUUGGUGUACAGUUGACGGUUAAAGACGACUUCUUUGCUCUGGGCAUUGAUAGUCUGCAGUGCAUGAAGAUGUGGAGCUUGAUGAAGAAAGAGCUCGAUCUUGGUGGUCGACAGUCUCAACUCGGUCAGAACGUCAUGUACGAGACUGGUAACAUUCAAGCCCUCGCUCGCCACAUUGAUGGACUCCGUACCGGCAAUACAGAGCAAGCGAAGGACACGUACCAAGUCAUGCAUGACCUUGUCAAGAAGCACUCUUCAUUCAAGUCAUACAACGAAGAGUACCGAACCAUUCCAACCACGGAGACAGUAGUAUUGACAGGCGUAACUGGAGGUCUUGGUGCCCACCUACUUGCACAGCUGGUCCGCGACCCUGGUGUAUCGACAGUCUGGGCGCUUGUUCGGGCGUCUUCAGAACAUACUGCUCUUGAGAGGACACUACAAAGUCUCUCAAGCCGUGGUAUCUCCCUCUCGGUCGAAGAAGUCCGCAAGAUCAUUGCUGUGCCAUCUGACCUUAGCAAACCGGACUUUGGUCUUGGUGCAUCGAGGUUUGUGCAGCUGCGCUCGAGCCUCACUCUGGUCAUCCACAGCGCGUGGGCAGUCAACUUCAACAUCUCUGUCGAGAGUUUCGAGGACCAACACAUCAAAGCUGUACCUAACUUCAUUAAUCUGUGCCAAUCGACAACACAUGGCUCGCCAGCGCGAUUCUACUUCUGUUCGUCGGUCUCUUCAACUGGAGGCACGCCUCGCCCUGGCACGGUACCAGAAACCCCAGUAAGAGAUAUCGCGCACGUUCAGGGGACAGGAUACGCUAGGUCAAAGUACGUUGCGGAACAAAUCGUCCGCAACGCAAUGAAGGACGUCGGUGCCCAAGCCAGAGUGCUUAGAAUUGGUCAGCUUGUCGGUGACAGCAAGGUCGGUGAAUGGAACACAACCGAGGGUAUUCCUCUCAUGAUCCAGACGGCAGUCACACUGGGCGCACUGCCUCAGCUGGACGAAGAGAUGACCUGGCUGCCGGUUGACUAUGCUGCACGCAUCAUUCUUGACGUAUGCAGACCUGAACGCGCUGCGUCACGCACCACAGACCCCGAUCUCGUCUACCACAUUCUAAACCCUACAAGGUUUCAUUGGACAAAGGACAUGCUGCCUGCGCUGGCAGCGGCGGGUCUUGAAUUUGAGUCGUUGUCAACAGACCAGUGGAUGGAGAGGUUGCGCAACUCCGACCGAGACCCCAAGAAGAACCCUCCCAUCAAGUUGUUCGACUGGUUCGAGAGCAAAUAUGGUGGUGCUGCUUCGACAAAACCGAAGGGCCCAUUGGAAUACAUAACUGAAGAAACUGGCAAAGACAGUGAGUCCCUGGGCCAGAUUCCCAACGUGACGGAUAGCGAGUACAUGGGCAUGGUCAUCGACAGGUUGAAGAAGCGUUGGGCAGCAUAA